AUGCAUGUGUCUGCAAUGAUAAGAUGGAGAAGUAGGAGAGGAGAUAAAAGGACGAUGCUUACCACUGCUCUUGACGGUGUUUUCCAGCAGCUUGCGAAAUCAGAAGAAAAGGGGGAACCACCUUCCGAUUCUGUUGUCAAAAUUGCUUCACGCUUUGCAGGGCAAUUUUGCCAAACCUGGUUUUUAGGCAGAUUGAAGAAGAAAUUGAAGGAAAUUCGGGGGAUUUUAAAGAGGAGCCGUGGCUUUUCCCAGACGUUGCGAGCGGUUUCUCUGAGCGAAACCGACCGGCAGUUAUGGAGGAGGCCUCCCCGCGAUUUCUUGUUCUCCAAAGGAUAUCUAGACCUGGGUGUGAGAGGGAACCAGCAAAACCGAAAAGGGGCAACCAGUUUUGGGAACUCGUGCGCACAAAAGGGAGAAGUCAGAGAAUGA